AUGUCGAGCGAAACGGUCACGGAACUCCUCAACCGGAAGAACCAAUUGGAGAACUCCUUGCAACAAACCGAAAAGCAACUCUACGACUUGGAAACGGCGUAUUUAUCCAACGAACACGGCGGUUCUCACGGGAGCAUCUUGAAAGGGUUCGAAGUCGCCUUGUCGCAAAACAAAACGCACGCGCAAGUCGCCGCCGGAGCUGGGCAUCAUCGAGAACAUCAUCAUCUCGACGGCGGUGGGGGAAACGUGACGAAGAAAAAAUCCGGAUCGAACGCGAGUAAAAACACGAAACCAGAGGAUAGAUUGUUUAGCUUAUCCUCGAAAACGAGUCCGGUGCAAGCGGAGGUGGCGAAGGAGAACGAGCAGGUCAGGCUGUCGACCACCGCGAGCGGGAGGAUGACGAAGAGUUAUAGGAAAUAG